AUGGGGAGCUCCUCGUCGCAGGUGAUUGGAGGUCGCUUUGGAGAAGUAGAGCUGUUGAAAGUUCACAAAAAUUACAAUGCGCACCUCGAAGGUUCCUAUAAAAAGUGGAAAUGCGCUAAGGAAAGAUAUCAGUUUGUGGUGUCGUCCUCAUUCGGAGCAAACAUGAAGCUGACCAUCGCCAGUAUCCUUGUGUUCAUUGUUCUUCUUGGCUUUGCCAAUGAGGCCGAGGCCACACCUUGUCUCAUCAUUCCGGAGCCUUGCCCCAGCCCCACCAAGGCACCUACUAAGCCACCCGUUAAAACCACAAAGCCACCCGUUAAAAAGACAACCACCAAAAAGCCACCCGUUAAAAAGACAACCACUAAGAAGCCUCCCGUUAAAAAGACAACCACUAAGAAGCCACCCGUUAAAAAGACAACCACUAAGAAGCCUCCUGUUCAUUCAACCCCACCAGCCACUAAGUCCACUCCGAAACCAACUCCACCAGCCACUAAGUCCACUCCGAAACCAACUCCACCAGCCACUAAGUCAACACCAAAGCCAACCCCACCACCGACUAAGUCAACUCCUAAGCCAACUCCACCAGCCACUAAGUCAACACCAAAGCCAACUCCUCCACCCACUAAAUCAACUCCGAAGCCAACCCCACCACCCACUAAGUCAACUCCGAAGCCAACCACCGCUAAGCCUCCGUGUGGUUGCAAGCAGUGCGGUCCUGGAGGCGAACCAUGCCCUGGCUGCUCUGGUCGGGACGCUCUUUGCAAGGACCUUCUCAAGCAAAUCCGCGAUCUGCAAGAUCUUGUUCUCAAGUGUGUCUGCGGUGCAAAGGAAUGGAUGUUGGAAUAA